CUACAGUUAUUGGGAGCAGCACUCGAAGGACAUAAACAGGAAGCUGGUCUCGAGUCCAGUUCUGACAGCUUGUUCAACAGCUGCGACAGUCUGCGAACGAAAUCGCACGUGCCCUCCUCGGCGGCGACGAGGUAGUAGAAUAAGUAUGCACAAAACUGAAAUAUGCAAGUGACAGCCGAGCAGAAUAACUGACGAGAUACUGAACUGAAGAACAAAGAGUACAGCCGUUAAAAGCUACCGUCCGCCUUAUUUCAGUCAGUACUAACUCGGUUAUUUUCAGUUUUCGAUUAAGUAGAUUGUGCAUGAAUUGGUCACAAAUUUUAGAAAUAGACACUUCCGAUUCCAAAAAUUUGAAUUUCUUUCGGACCACGAGAAUCGAUCCAUCGACCGAUCAUAGAACAAAUACAAACAUGAAAAAUUCCUCUUUCGUAAUAUUACCUUCCUACAUAUGUAUCCUGGUGACUGUCCGCUCAGGUCGCCGCGCGUCGCCCAUCAAUCAUCGCAAGCUUCCUCGUCUGGCCAUGCUGGGACUUCUCUAGUUCCCGGCGAGCAUGGCGGUGAAGCAGACUCGUCUCAGUUUCUUCAGCGAGGUGGACAACAACGCGCUCUACUAGACGAAGAGCACGAAGAGCAUGAACAAGGGCAUCAAGGUGAAGCAGAGCAUCAAAAUGAAUUGAACAGCGAG